AAACAAGGAACCGGUCGAUCCAAGAUUCAGAGGGAGCUCCUCAACAAUCUGAACUUCCGGAUCACCUGUCCCCAGGGACACUUGAGCAAGAGCAGGCUCCGACAGGAGAUGGCCAACCAGCUCCAGCAGCACCACCGUCACCAAGAGUGACACCUGCCGGAGAUCGUCACCAAUCAGUUAGAAGAUCGACAAGGCAAAGACAACAACCAGAGCGACUCAUCAAAGUCAUGACCGCUGAGCUCGCCGAUCUGGACAUACCUUUUGAACUCUUUGCGAUGGAAGCAAUGUUUCCCAAUCCAGUGGAACCUGAUGAUGUCCUUGCAAUGAAGGCAUCGACUGAUCCGGACACAAUGUAUCUGCACCAGGCAAUGAAGCAACCUGAUUGGAAGGAGUUUCAAAAGGCAAUGAUGAAGGAGAUGAGCGAUCAGAUGGAUCAAAAGGUCAUCAAACUCAUCCCAAAGAAGGACUUACCAAAAGGAGCGACCUUGCUACCUGCGGUAUGGCAGAUGAAGCGCAAGCGCGAUAUCAAAACUGGAAAAGUAAAGAAAUGGAAAGCUUGGUUAAAUAUUGAUGGAUCCAGAAUGGUAAAGCAUCGCGAUUAUGAUCUUACCUAUGCCCCUGUAGCAAGCUGGGGAAUCAUCAAGCUCCUCUUGGCACUUGCUCUCACACUUGGAUGGCACACAGUACAGCUCGAUUAUGUACUGGCAUUCACCCAAGCACCAGUUGAGAGGGAGCUGUACAUGCAGAUUCCAAAAGGGAUAGACCUCGAUGGAGCAGACCCGGCUGAUUAUUGUUUCAAAGUGGAUGACUGCAUCUUCUUCAAGGGCAAAAUGAUCUAUGUCUUGUACACAGAUGACUCGAUUAUUGCAGGACCCGACAAGAAAGAAAUCGAUGAAGCAAUCUCUUUGAUGAAAGAAAAAUUAGACUUGACUGUUGAAGGAGAUCUCAAGGACUUUCUCGGAGUCAACAUCGAGAAGAAAGAUGGCGGAUUUUGGCUCACGCAGCCUCACCUCAUCAAUCAGAUCCUAGAGACCUUAAGACUCAAGCAAAAGAACAAACCAAUCAACAAUUCGAACUCUCGAGACACUCCAAUGAUCCAUUCCAGAAUCCUUCAAAAGGAAGCAGACUCCCCGGAAUUUGACAAUCAAUUCAAUUAUCGAUCAAUCAUUGGGAAAAUCGCUUACCUGGAGAAAGGAACAAGACCGGAACUUGCAUAUGCAUGUCACCAGUGCAGCAGAUUUUCGUCAGCACCAAAGAAAGCACAUGGUGAAGCAAUCAAACAAAUUGGACGUUACCUUUUAGGCACGGCAGAUAAGGGAAUGUUCAUCAAACCGGACUUGAGAAAAUCAUUUGAUGUGUAUGUUGAUGCAGAUUUUUGUGGGAACUGGAACGAACGCUAUGGACAUGAUCCAGACACGGCACGCUCGCGUCAUGGUUACGUCAUCACCUACGCCGGUGUUCCAAUAAUUCACAAAAGUCAAUUACAAACCGAAAUCGCUUUGAGCUCUACCAAAAGCGAAUACACUGGUCUCAGUUAUGCAUUGCGUGAAGCAAUUCCCCUCAUGAACCUACUCAAGGAAAUGAAGAGGCAUGGAAUCCCUGUCCUGGAUCAUCCCCCUAAAGUCCAUUGCAGAGUCUUUGAAGACAAUAGUGGAGCAUUGGAAAUGGCAAAAAUCCACAAGUGGAGACCCAGAACAAAACACCUUUGCACAAAACUGCACCACUUUAGGUCAUAUGUAACAAGGAAGGAGAUUACCAUUCAUCCUAUUGAUACUGAGGAUCAACCAGCUGAUAUACUGACAAAACCACUGGCCGUCGAACAAUUUAUCAAGCAUAGGAAAUGGUUAAUCGGCUGGUAA